AGAGGAAACCGAGUGGAAGAAGAGGAGAAAAACAUUAAAAAUAGCCAAUUAAACAUAAAAAAAUAGACAAAAGAAGGCAUAGGAAAAGGGAAGGAAGGAGACGGAGAACACCCUGGCUUAACAUAUGUCGGAGGAGAGAUCAAAAAUGGCGUCCACAUCUUCUUGGUAGCAGGUAGAAGCCCACUAGAGAUGAUGGGGUUGCACUUUCAGGCGAGCUACCAAUGAAGGGUGUAGAUUGUGGGCUAUAUCUUGCUCUGUUUCAUGGGCAACGCAUGCCGUGGGUCAAUUAAAAGCAAAUAUAGGGGCUACAGGGAGCCCAUUGAAUGUGCAUCUUCAAGAAACAAAGGGUCGGUUGCAGACCAUUCCAUCCCUGAUCAUUCAUCAAGCGACACAGCAUCACACCUUGUUCCUCAGGAUUUAACGAAAGGAUACCCUAAAGGGGAUAAUCCAAGUGACAGCAAUCAAACCAUCAAAGAUAACGGGAUGAGAAAGGGUGUGGAUCACCAGACGUAUUAUGUCUUGGGCCAUAGAACUCCCAACAUACGUGAAUUAUAUACACUGGGAAGGAAAUUAGGCCAGGGUCAAUUUGGAACUACAUAUUUAUGUAUAGAAAAUGCCACAGGCAGAGAAUAUGCUUGUAAAUCCAUUUCAAAGAGGAAACUUAUUUCCAAGGAGGACGUUGAGGAUGUACGACGUGAGAUACAAAUUAUGCAUCAUCUUUCGGGCCAUAAAAAUGUUGUGACUAUUAAAGGAGCUUAUGAGGAUUCUCUAUACGUCCACAUCGUGAUGGAAUUAUGUGCUGGGGGAGAGUUGUUUGACAGAAUUAUUCAACGAGGGCACUUCAGUGAGAGAAAAGCUGCUGAAUUGACGAGAAUAAUUGUGGGUGUUGUAGAGGCUUGCCAUUCCCUUGGGGUUAUGCAUCGUGAUUUGAAGCCUGAAAAUUUUUUGUUGGCCAACAAGGAUGAUGAUGCUUCACUCAAGGCUAUUGAUUUUGGACUCUCUGUUUUCUUUAAGCCAGGUCAGAUCUUCACAGAUGUUGUUGGUAGCCCAUAUUAUGUAGCCCCAGAGGUUCUUUGCAAGCAUUACGGGCCAGAAGCUGAUGUGUGGACAGCAGGGGUUAUACUUUAUAUCUUACUCAGUGGUGUCCCACCCUUUUGGGCAGAAACACAACAGGGGAUAUUCGAUGCAGUUUUACGGGGAGUUAUUGAUUUUGAUUCAGACCCAUGGCCCCUGAUCUCUGAUAGUGCUAAGGAUCUGAUCAGAAAGAUGCUUUGUUCUCGCCCUUCAGAUCGCUUGACAGCACAUGAAGUAUUAUGUCAUCCUUGGAUAUGUGAAAACGGCGUCGCUCCAGACAGACCAUUAGAUGCAGCUGUACUUUCUCGGCUUAAACAGUUUUCUGCAAUGAACAAAUUGAAGAAGAUGGCCUUACGGGUCAUUGCUGAAAGCCUUUCUGAAGAGGAAAUUGCAGGCUUAAGAGAAAUGUUCAAGGCAAUGGAUACUGAUAAUAGUGGUGCAAUUACUUUUGAUGAACUUAAAGCUGGUCUGAAAAGAUAUGGAUCUAACUUAAAAGAAUCUGAGAUACGUGCUCUUAUGGAUGCGGCUGAUGUUGACAACAGUGGAACUAUUGACUAUGGGGAGUUCAUAGCUGCUACAGUUCAUCUCAAUAAACUGGACCGUGAAGAGCAUCUAGUUGCAGCAUUUUCAUAUUUUGACAAGGAUGGUAGUGGAUAUAUAACCAUUGAUGAGUUGCAGCAAGCCUGUUCUGAGCAUAAUAUGACAGAUGUGUUUCUUGAUGAUAUCAUCCGGGAAGUUGACCAAGACAAUGAUGGUAGGAUCGACUACAAUGAAUUUGUUGCCAUGAUGACGAAAGGCAAUGGUGGUCUUGGAAGGAGAACCAUGCGAAACAGUCUGAACAUGAGCAUGAGAGAUGCUCCUGGUGCUCAUUGAUCUCAUUCACUUGUAAAGGUGUACAGCGUAUCUGCAUAAAGGGAGUAUCCUUUAGAUUUCCUGCUGCCAAUUAUGGAAAUCCAGCACAUGGAAACAGGGCAGCUUUUUGUUGUGGCCAAUUUUUCUUUUGACAAUGGAUGUUUCUGGGAGGUUGGGCUUGCCUGCCAUUGCGUCCACUUAUUGGAAAAAUCUCACUGGUGAAUUGGUUUAGCUAGUGAUCUUUGUGUUUGAGAAACUAUGUAUGAAUGCUGUCCAGCAUAUUGUAAUAUUUUUUGUAUCUUGAUGAGUGAGGAGCAAUAUUAAGAGCCUAUUCACAAGGUCAUUUCUUGGCUGGUAUGAUUGC